CCCCCACAUACAGUCACCAUACUUCAGUCCAUACAUAAAUCUAAAACGUUCGGAGCGACACACGGGCACAUCCAAACGGCAACAAAAAAACAAAAAAAAAAAAAACGGGGCUACAAGGGCCAUCCGCCACAUACGCGAAAACGACAAUAAUAAGUUACGGACCGACCAGGGGGCAGGAUGCGCCGCUUGAAUGAUUGACCGCCUUCAGAUUCGUCGCUUGGGUGCAGCUGCUAGAAACAAACGCGCAGGAGGAGGAGGAGGCGGUGCAGGGCCGGGCGUAGCAGCAGCAGCAGCCGGAGCAGCAGCAGCAGGAGCAGCAGGUGCAUCUGGUUCAGCAGCAGCAGCAGCAGCAGCAGCAGGAACAGCAGGUGGCAGCGGCGGAGGAGGCAUCGCCACCAGCAGUAGCGGCGGCGUCGGCGUCGGCGGCGGCGGCGGCAGCUUCCAUUCCCGUUCGCAUUCGGCCAGCGGUAUUAAUACGCCGGCAACGGCCAGCACCAGCUCCUCCAGCGGCAACAGCUUGACCCCCCAGCAGCAGCAACAGCAGCAACAGCAGCAGCACCCAGCACACGCUCAUCCACUAACCCAUCCGCACCACCAUCCACACCCGCAUCCACAUCCACAUCAUCAUCCGCAUCCACAUCCACAUCCUUUGCAUUCGCAUCCCCACCAGCAGCAUCCGCAUCCCCAUCCGCAUCCGCAUCCCCAUCCCCAUCCACACCUGCGGCACACGCAGCAGGCGGCGACCGGCAGCCAGUUCACCUUCAAUCCCUCGCCCGGCAGCAGUCCUGGCAACGGACUGCCAGGAGCUCGCCAGGAUGCGGCCAGCGCGCUCAACAGUCCAACGACCAUUGUGAACUCGGGCAGCGGGAGCGGCGGCGGCAGCAGCACCCUCGCCUACGGGAUGCAGCAGCCGCUGCAGCAGCAGCAGCAGCAGGCCGGCGGCUCAUCGACCACGGCGGCCCCAUCCACCACGGGGCUGGGCAGCAGCCAGGCCGCCAUCAGUGGGCACAAUAAUGGCGCCGGACUCGGUAUGGGUCUCGGUAUGGGGCCGGCCGCCGGAGGAGUCGGAGUCGUUGGCGGCGGCAGCGGCGGCGGCGGCGGUGGCGGUGGCCUCAAUCUGCUCGGCGGCAUCGGUGGCCUUGGCGGCAUGGGUGUGGGCAUGGGCGGCAGUGCCGCCGCCGCCGGCCUGGGCAUCUGCGGUGGCAUUAGCAGCACCGUCGGCAGUGCGGCCAUUACGGGAGUGCCGCCCAUCGGCCUGGGCAUUGCGACCGGCAUUGGUAACAAGAUAAUGCUGGGACGCAAACAGAGCCUCAAGGGCGGCGAGCCCUUCCUGGCCGACUACGGGCCGGAGGAGUCACUCAAUGAGAGCGCCGACAUUGAGUGGGUCAACAAGCUGUGGGUGCGCCGCCUGAUGCGUCUCUGUGCCUUGGUCUCGCUGACCUCCGUAUCCCUAAACACGCCCAAAACCUUCGAGCGUUACCCGUCGCUGCAGUACAUCACAUUCUGCUCGGACACGGCCGUCACGCUGCUCUUCACCGCCGAAAUGAUAGCCAAAAUGCACAUACGAGGUGUGCUCCAUGGUGAGGUGCCUUAUCUGAAGGAUCAUUGGUGCCAGUUUGAUGCUUCCAUGGUGAGCUUCCUGUGGAUCUCCAUUAUACUGCAGAUCUUCGAGGUGCUCGAGAUAGUUCCCAAGUUUUCCUACCUCUCCAUUAUGCGUGCCCCACGGCCACUGAUAAUGAUCCGCUUUCUGCGUGUCUUCCUUAAGUUUAGCAUGCCCAAGAGUCGAAUCAACCAGAUCUUCAAACGAUCGAGCCAACAGAUAUAUAAUGUAACGCUAUUCUUCCUGUUCUUCAUGUCCCUCUAUGGACUGCUGGGCGUUCAGUUCUUUGGCGAACUGAAAAAUCACUGUGUGAUGAACAAUACGGAAAAUGAUCUGCUGGGCAGACCAGUUUUGACCAUCAAUUCGCUGGCCAUACCGGAUACAUUUUGUUCAAUGGAUCCGGACUCGGGCUAUCAAUGCUCGCCGGGUAUGCGGUGCAUGAAAAUGGAUUUCCUUAGCAGCUAUGUGAUUGGAUUCAAUGGUUUCGAGGAUAUUGCCACAAGCAUCUUUACGGUGUAUCAGGCAGCCUCGCAGGAGGGCUGGGUGUUCAUCAUGUACCGGGCCAUCGACUCGCUGCCAGCCUGGCGGGCAGCCUUUUACUUUAGCACAAUGAUCUUCUUUCUGGCGUGGCUGGUGAAGAACGUGUUCAUAGCCGUCAUCACGGAGACCUUCAACGAGAUACGUGUGCAAUUCCAGCAGAUGUGGGGCGCCCGCGGACACAUCCAGAAGACAGCCGCCUCACAGAUACUCAGCGGCAAUGACUCCGGCUGGCGUCUGGUUACCAUCGAUGAUAAUAAGCAUGGCGGGCUGGCGCCCGAGACAUGCCAUGCCAUACUGCGAUCGCCGUACUUUCGCAUGCUCGUGAUGACUGUGAUCCUGGCCAAUGGCAUUGUGACGGCCACCAUGACGUUCAAGCACGAUGGACGGCCGCGAUCGGUGUUCUAUGAGCGCUACUACUACAUCGAGCUGGUGUUCACCUGCCUGCUCGACCUGGAGACCCUAUUCAAGAUCUAUUGCCUGGGCUGGCGGGGCUACUACAAGCAUUCGAUACACAAAUUUGAGCUGCUGCUGGCGGCGGGCACCACGCUGCAUAUUGUGCCCAUGUUCUAUCCGUCCGGACUGACAUAUUUUCAGGUGCUGCGCGUGGUGCGCCUGAUCAAGGCCUCGCCGAUGCUGGAGGGUUUCGUCUACAAGAUCUUUGGGCCGGGCAAGAAGCUCGGCUCGCUGAUUAUCUUCACCAUGUGCCUGCUGAUCAUCAGCUCCAGCAUUUCGAUGCAGCUGUUUUGCUUCCUGUGCGACUUUACCAAAUUCGAGUCGUUCCCGGAGGCGUUCAUGAGCAUGUUCCAGAUCCUCACCCAGGAGGCCUGGGUGGAGGUUAUGGACGAGACAAUGAUACGCACCAGCAAGACCCUAACGCCGCUGGUCGCCGUCUACUUUAUACUGUACCAUCUGUUUGUCACCCUCAUUGUGCUCAGUCUGUUCGUGGCGGUUAUUUUGGAUAAUUUGGAACUGGACGAGGACAUCAAGAAGCUGAAGCAGCUCAAAUUUCGUGAACAAAGCGCCGAAAUCAAGGAGACGCUGCCCUUUCGCUUGCGCAUCUUCGAAAAGUUUCCAGACUCACCGCAAAUGACGAUAUUGCAUCGCAUACCCAAUGAUUUUAUGCUGCCGAAGGUACGUGAGAGUUUCAUGAAGCAUUUCGUUAUCGAACUGGAAACGGAGGAUCCAUCGCUGGUGGAGAGCUGCAAGCGGCCCAUGUCCGAGUGCUGGGAAUCGAAUGUGGUCUUUCGCAAACAGAAGCCCGUCCGCAUAAUGAAUAAAACGGCGAAGGUAAGGGCUGCCGGCAGCAGUCUACGCAAGCUGGCCAUUACGCAUAUCAUCAAUGACAGCAAUAAUCAGCGCUUGAUGCUCGGCGACUCGGCCAUGCUGCCUGUGGUUGGCACCAAGGGUGGCGGUGGCCUCAAAUCGCAGGGCACCAUCACCCACUCAAAGCCGUGGCGUGUCGAUCAAAAGAAAUUCGGCUCACGUUCCAUACGUCGCAGCGUGCGCUCGGGCUCCAUCAAGCUGAAGCAAACGUACGAGCAUCUGAUGGAGAAUGGAGAUAUAGCGGCCGCGCCAAGGGCCAAUUCGGGUCGGGCGCGGCCACACGACUUGGACAUUAAGCUGCUGCAGGCAAAGCGACAGCAGGCGGAGAUGCGACGCAAUCAGCGUGAGGAGGAUCUACGGGAGAAUCAUCCGUUUUUCGAUACGCCGCUGUUUCUGGUGCCGCGUGAGAGUCGCUUUCGCAAGAUAUGCCAGAGGAUUGUGCAUGCGCGCUACGAUGCACGGCUAAAGGAUCCGCUGACGGGCAAGGAGCGCAAGGUUCAGUACAAGAGUUUGCACAACUUUCUGGGCCUGGUCACGUACCUGGACUGGGUGAUGAUAUUCGCCACAACACUCUCCUGCAUCUCGAUGAUGUUUGAGACGCCCAACUAUCGGGUGAUGGAUCAUCCAACGCUGCAGAUAGCCGAAUAUGGCUUUGUUAUAUUUAUGAGUCUUGAGCUGGCACUCAAGAUACUCGCCGAUGGUUUAUUCUUUACGCCCAAGGCAUAUAUCAAGGAUGUGGCAGCGGCACUCGAUGUGUUCAUCUAUGUGGUAUCGACAUCGUUUCUAUGCUGGAUGCCACUCAAUAUACCAACAAAUUCGGCAGCACAGCUACUCAUGAUCCUGCGCUGUGUGCGUCCCCUGAGGAUAUUCACCCUGGUGCCGCACAUGCGCAAGGUCGUCUAUGAGCUGUGUCGCGGCUUCAAGGAGAUACUAUUGGUAUCCACGCUGCUCAUACUGCUCAUGUUCAUCUUUGCCAGCUAUGGGGUGCAGCUAUAUGGCGGCCGGCUGGCCCGCUGCAACGAUCCCACAAUACCGAGGCGUGAGGAUUGUGUUGGCGUAUUCAUGCGCAGAGUUUUUGUUACGAAAAUGAAGCUGACACCGGGUCCCGAUGAGUCCUAUCCGGCGAUGCUGGUGCCCCGGGUCUGGGCCAAUCCCCGGCGCUUCAAUUUCGACAAUAUCGGUGAUGCCAUGCUGACUCUCUUCGAGGUGCUCUCCUUCAAGGGUUGGCUGGAUGUGCGCGAUGUGCUCAUCAAGGCUGUGGGUCCGGUCCAUGCCGUCUACAUUCACAUAUACAUUUUCUUGGGCUGCAUGAUUGGCCUGACGCUGUUCGUGGGCGUGGUCAUUGCCAAUUAUUCGGAGAACAAGGGCACUGCUCUGCUCACCGUCGACCAGCGACGCUGGUGUGACCUCAAGAAGCGACUGAAGAUUGCCCAGCCGUUGCACUUGCCGCCGCGACCCGAUGGACGCAAGAUACGUGCCUUCACCUAUGACAUAACGCAGCACAUCAUCUUCAAGCGUGUGAUUGCUGUGGUGGUGCUGAUCAACAGCAUGCUGCUGUCCAUAACGUGGAUCAAGGGCGAGGUGCAUACGGAACGUCUGGUGAUCGUCAGUGCGGUAUUGACCAUUGUCUUUGUGGUUGAGGUGGUGAUGAAGAACAUUGCCUUUACACCGCGCGGCUAUUGGCAAUCGAGGCGCAAUCGCUAUGAUCUGCUCGUCACCGUUGCUGGCGUCAUUUGGAUUAUAUUACAAACGAUAUUGAGGAAUGAUUUGUCGUACUUCUUUGGCUUUAUGGUGGUCAUUUUGCGCUUCUUCACCAUCACCGGCAAGCACACCACACUGAAGAUGCUCAUGUUGACCGUGGGCGUGUCUGUAUGCAAGUCCUUCUUCAUUAUAUUUGGCAUGUUUCUGCUGGUAUUCUUCUAUGCGCUGGCAGGGACCAUACUCUUUGGCACCGUGAAGUAUGGCGAGGGCAUUGGCAGGCGUGCUAAUUUCGGCUCACCGGUGACCGGUGUGGCGAUGCUCUUUCGCAUUGUCACUGGCGAGGAUUGGAAUAAAAUCAUGCACGACUGCAUGGUACAGCCGCCAUACUGUACGCUGGGCAAUAACUAUUGGGAAACGGAUUGUGGCAAUUUCACCGCCAGCCUAAUAUACUUUUGCACCUUCUACGUGAUCAUUACGUACAUUGUGCUCAAUCUUUUAGUGGCCAUUAUCAUGGAGAACUUCUCGCUGUUCUAUUCGAAUGAGGAGGAUGCCCUGCUCUCGUAUGCGGAUAUAAGAAAUUUUCAGAAUACCUGGAACAUUGUCGAUAUACAUCAGCGGGGCGUGAUACCAGUGCGGCGUGUUAAAUUUAUAUUGCGACUGCUCAAGGGACGACUCGAAUGUGAUCCGCAAAAGGAUCGCCUGCUGUUCAAGUACAUGUGCUAUGAGCUGGACAAGCUGCACAAUGGCGAGGAUGUCACCUUUCACGAUGUCAUCAACAUGCUAAGCUAUCGCUCGGUGGACAUACGCAAGGCACUGCAGCUGGAGGAGCUGUUGGCGCGCGAGGAGUUCGAGUACCUGGUGGAGGAGGAGGUGGCCAAAAUGACCAUACGCACCUGGCUGGAGGGCUGCCUCAAAAAGAUUAGGGCCCAAAAUGCAAGCAAGCAACAAAACUCACUGAUUGCCGGUCUGAGGGCGACCAAUGAGCAGCCGGUGAUGCGGCCGAAUGUGCAGGAGGAUAAGGCGCCCAUUGGAGCGGCGGAUAAGUCGGCCAUUAGCACAAUCAGCGGCGCUGUUGCCGGCACCUGUCCGCCAACCAGCGAUGCCUUCUCGCCCACCUUCAGUUCGACGGAGAAUGAGGAGAAGGAUGGCAGCAGCAGUGUCGUGGCCCUGUCACACUCCGAGCCCAUUGCGGUGGCGGUGGCGGUGGCGGCCCCAGUGCCACAGUCGGCCGCACGUCAUGCGAUGGCGGUGGGCAAGCGUGCCUAUGCCCUCAAUCGUUCCGAUUCGACGGGCAGUUCGGCGGGCCGCAAAUUCCUGGCGCCCACCUCCAGUGAUCCGCAGCAGCGAUCGACGCUCAGCGACAAGGAGCGGCUGCAUAUCAGCAGUCAGCAGCGCAAGAAGAACUCGAUGACCACGCUGCCACAUGCGGGCCAGCUGGGCCAGCUGGGCGGCAAGCAACGUGGCGGGCUUGGUGGCGGCGAUGCGGCCAGCAAGUCGGCCAGUUUCUUUGCCCAGAUGAAUAGCGAAAUGGGCCAGUUCCACUAUCCGACAAUAAACGCUGCAGCCGCCUACGGCCAUGGCCUCGAUCAGCAUCAGCAUCAGCAUCAUUAUCAUCAGCAGCAGCAGCAUCAGCAGCAUCAGCAUCAGUAUCAUCAUCAUGGUGGCGGUGCCAUCGGCAGUCCCUCGGCCAUGAUGAGCCAAAUGAUCGGCGGCAGUGGUGGCAAGCUGUUGCCAUUCAACAAUCAGGCGAAUGCCGUCUACGAGGUGCACGACUGGUGGCAGGAGCAGGUACUCUGCACCCAAACCAGCGACGAUGAGAUCUAGCCAAUUGCGGUAGGGUAGGGGGGGGGGGGCCGAUAUCCGGCAGCUGGAUAAGAUCGUGUAGUCCAAUCCCGGAGCCUAUUAACAUUAUAAACUAGUGGCCUAGAGUUUUAUAUAUAUACAGAAUAGAAACACAAAUGAAAAUGCCUAAAUGUAAGGAAGUAUCCGAGGCCUGAGAACGGUUAACACUUUACCAUUAAUUACGAUUAUAUAGCUGAUAGCGGGUAUAGCGGAUAUAUAUACAUAUAUAUAUAGUGUGGAAGAAGACAUGGCAGACAAACAAAACAAAAAAACAAAACAAAAAAAAACAAAAACAAAAAACAAAACCCACAAUUAGUUUCCAUGUUCUGUUGUUGUUUGUGCGCUAGAAUGGAUCAGUCUUUGUUAUAGCUUAAAUAUAUACAAAGAGAUAUACAACAUACAUAUAUAUGUAUAUAAAUAUAUAUUAUAUAUAUAUAGCAAUAUAUGCGCAAAAAAGGAUGCAAAGUAUGAGGGUUAUAGUGCAAAUUUAUAUAGCGAGCGAGCGAGCGAACGAAGGCAUAGAAUUUUGUCAACAAGCCAAACUAAAAAUAAAAAAAAUAACAAAACAAAACAAAACAAAAACAAAAACCAAAAACAAUUCACUAAAAUUAAAACUAAAACUCUUAUAUAGAAAAUCAAUAACCCCUCGCCCCACCCCACCCCCAUUCCAAGGAUGCCAAUAUUUAUACUAAAAAAAUACUAGAUUCUAGAUAGACAAGAACAAAAAAGAAAAAGAAAAGAAAAACAAAACAAACGAACAUAUGCCGUGCACGCUCGAAAGGGUGAACACAAACAAAA